AUGGAUAGCUCUUUAGAAAAUGAACCCGAAGUGGAAAAUGAUCAACAAUUAAUGCCUACUACGCCUCUUAUGAAGGUUAUUCCAGCUAAACGAAUUUUAAUUGAAGAAAAUGGUGUUAAACGUCAGUGCAAAUGGUUUUGUCAAGAAAAAACAAGCACAACUAAUAUUGCUAGCCAUUUAAGAGCCAAACAUCGAAUUAUUGAAGGAAAAGAAAUUGAAAUAAUAAGCUCUAAAAUACAUAAAAAUAAUUCACCAGAACAAAAUAAAAUUGAAAGAAUUACAUAUAGUUUAAUAGACUGUGAUAAUUUAAAAAAAUUAUUACUUAAUUCAGAAGAGUGGGCUUCAUUAGAAGAAUUAAUUUUAUUACCUCAACCUUAUGUAGAUGCUACUAAUAUCACAUCAGGCAGUUCAUACUCCACACUUUCAUUAUGGUAUCCUACUUUAUAUUGUUUAAGAGAAUAUCUAAAAAAUACUGUUUAUACUAUUACAAGCCCCCAAAUCAUAAUAGUAUGUAAUGAAAUUUUAGCUUCAUUACACAAAGGUUGGGAUAUUCCAGACAAAUUAGGGUGCAUAGCAAGUUUUUAG